CAAUGUCCCCGAUGUCCUCAAAUCCCCAAUGUCCCCGUGUCCCCAUUCCCAGUCGAGCGCCGGCGCCGGGACAAGAUCAACAACUGGAUCGUCCAACUCUCCAAGAUCAUCCCCGACUGCGGCGCCGACAGCGGCAAAUCGGGGGCGAGCAAGGGGGGGAUCCUGUCCAAGGCCUGUGACUACGUGCGGGAGCUGCGCCAGAGCAACCAGCGGCUGCAGGAGACCUUCAAGGAGGCCGAGCGGCUGCAGAUGGACAACGACCUGCUCCGGCAGCAGAUGGAGGAGCUGAAGAGCGAGAACGCCGUACUGAGGGCGCAGCUGCAGCAGCGGGGGCUGGAGGGGACCCCCGAGGGGACCCCCCAGUGACACAGCUGGGGACACCCCCCGGGACCCCCGGACACCCCUGGGGACAGUCAUGAGGGGGGGACACGCUUGGGGACAACCCCUGAACGGACCCCCAGUGACAGGGGGGCUGGGGAGACACACUGGGGGCCCCCCCCGUGGACUCCCCCCCAGUCAUGGGGGUGACACCCGCCUGCGGACACCCCUGGGACCCCCGAGGAGACCCCCCCAGUCACGGGGGAGGGGCACCUGCGGACACAUCCCCCGCCCCCCACACAGGGACACGACCCCUGUUCCCCCCCCCGCCCCGGGGACGCCGCAGGGACCCUCCCGUUCUCCUCGGGGACCCCCCCAGGCCACGCCCCCCCCCGGGACCCCGACCCCUUCGCCCCCUUUGUAAUUACCGUGAUUGUAAUUAAUUAAUUGUUUUGUACUGCCCGGGCGGGGGGAGGGGCGGCCCCUCCCCCCCCUCCGGUUUUUUUGGUGGGGGGAGCGUGGGGAGGGCGGGGGAGGGGUC